AUGCGCAAAGAAAUGGACCGAAGGAAAAGGUACAUGCCCGCCAGGGAAAUGUCUUACAAAAGGGCGAUAAAAACGCCAUGCUCUGGCCUGCCGGAUUGCGAAGGUGAAGUACUGAGAAACUUCCCGUCAGAAAUGGAAUGUGAACACGAAGUUUGCAUUAACUGCUUGGCGAAAACCCUCGACGAAUGUGAACACAGCAAUACUCCGCCCAUUUGUCCGAAUGAAGCAUGUCGACAUAUCCAUAUCGCUGUGACCGUGUGCUUUUCACUAAAAGCUGCUGUUCCCAGACGAAGCCCGCGUUAUUUCAGCCGCUUCGUUUUGGAAUCCACAUUCAUUCUAUGA